AUGGGGAAACCAGUGAAUUCAUCGGCAAAACCUGCUGAGUUACCUGCGAAACCCGCCGACUUACCUGAAAAACCGGCCGACCCGGCCGACUUACCUGCAAAACCCGCCGAGUCGCCUGAAAAACGAGACGAGUUACCUGGGCAACCGGACAAGUCACCUUCAGAAACUCGAUUCACGGACAAUCAAAAUCGGGCGUUGAUUUCUUGGUUUCAUCAUGUUGUCUGGAAUCAUUCCCAGAAGGAUUGCCUAUCUCCCAGAUGGAUGCCUUUUGAUGAGUACCUCGAAAAACAUUACAAGAUUGAAACUUACAACCCGUCCUUGGUCGAUUUUACACUGGAACAAAGGAAACAGCAGUACUCACGCCUCUGGCAGAAGUUCAUGAUUGUUCGAAACCGUGCCGAGUUGCCAGGAAUUGAGUUGAAUCAACUACUGAGUGAAAACGGUCUUCCCCAAUCACUUUAUUGGCCACUGGUGGAUUUGUACUGUGGAACCAAACCCAUGAGACCGGUGUUGGGUGAUGGUCCCGACUUUGCACACAGUGAGGAUGAAGAGAGCUUUCAGAAUGCAACGACUCCACAAUCCAAUCCGGCCAAGCCACCACCACCAACCACGAAAGCCAAAACCCGCACCAUUUCACACACCAACAAUGUCCUUCCAGUCGUGGAGGUGGGCGAGACCUCAAACGCCCCGGCGCCCGGGUUCAUCCCGGUGCAUGUUCCGUCAGCCAGGGCACCUUCUGACUUGCUCACUUCCCUUCAAACACUGGUGACUCAAUCAGAAAAGGACACAAGUUCGGCGGAGGCCCAAUUCCACGAGGCUUGCUUACUAUUUUCUAGACGGCAAGUUGAAGAGCAUCUCCGCCAUCAUGAAGAACAGCGCAUCCACCAUGUGAAUAUGAAGAACCUCUUCAGCAAUCAUCUGGAGGCCAUUGUGAAACAUCAACAUGCUCGCGACAAUGCCAAUUCACAAGCAAUCCGGUUUCGAUCCUCGCUGAGCACCCUGAUGUCUCAAUUCUCAGGCCAGUCCGAUGGUUCUACCAGUAAGACAGAGUGA